AUGGUUACACAAAAAUUGAUGUAUUUUCGGGUUUUUCUUUUUCACUUAUUGUUUUGCAGUAUUUUGCACUGUUGCUGGACAAUAUUCAUACAGAUUUUCUACAUGCGAGAUUUGGAAAAAUUGCUUGGCUGGGCCCGCAUAUCAUUGCUUUAUAUGGUCUCCGGAAUUGGUGGAUAUUUGGCGAGUGCGAUUUUUGUACCCUACAAGCCAGAAGUUGGCCCCGCGGGUUCGCAUGUUGGAAUGUUUGCAGCUAUGUAUGUUGAUGUUGCAUAUAGUUGGAAUCUUUUGGAAAGACCAUGGCAUGCAAUAAUGCAACUAAGCUUAUUUAUGUUAAUACUUUUUUCGAUUGGCACAUUGCCGUGGAUCGAUAACUGGGCUCAUUUAUUUGGCUUUAUUUUUGGACUCUUAAUAUCUUUGGCAGUUCUUCCAUAUAUUCAAACGAAGCGCCAUAAUCGAGCUCGACGAUUACUAAUUGUUAUUGCAUCACUUUCAGCGGCACUUUGCUUAUUCGUAAUUUUGUUGGCCGUAUUUUAUUGGUUUCCCGGAUUUGAUUGCCCGUACUGUGAAUACUUCAACUGUAUACCGUACACCGAUCAUUUCUGUGAUAAUCAAGGCUUACGACUCAAAAGUUGGCUGCCAAUUUGA